CGCCCUCUCGGAGCAACCCUUCUGGGCUGAUGCAUAAACACCCUUGGAUCUUAGCGUAGGAUCUCGAAGCAGCUGAAGAGGCUGAGCUCCGUAUUGCCAGAGUGAACUUAUUUUACCAUCCACUAGCUCGGGAGGAUGUCCAGCACCCCAGUAGCUCUGGUGACCGGGGGCAACAAAGGGAUUGGAUUUGCUAUUGUGCGGGCUCUGUGUAAGCAGUUCACUGGGGAUGUGUACCUGACAGCCCGGGACCAAGGACAGGGUCAGGCUGCGGUGACAAAGCUGCAGGAGGAGGGUCUGAACCCACUUUUCCACCAGCUGGACAUCGACGAUCUACAGAGUAUCCGGACUCUGCGGGACUUCCUGAAGGAGAAAUACGGAGGGCUGAAUGUGCUGGUUAACAACGCAGGGAUUGCUUUCAAAGUUGCUGAUACCACUCCAUUUGCUAUUCAAGCAGAGGUUACAAUGAGGACAAACUUUUUUGCAACAAGGGAUGUCUGCACGGAGUUGCUACCCCUCAUAAAGCCUCAUGGCAGAGUAGUGAAUGUAUCUAGCACCGCAAGUGUAUCAGCUCUGGCAAGAUGUAGCCAGGACCUGCAGCAGAAGUUUCGUAGUGACACAAUCACUGAGGAGGAGCUAGUGAAACUCAUGACAAAGUUUGUGGAGGAUACCAAGAACGGAGUGCAUGAGAAGGAGGGCUGGCCAAAUACUGCUUAUGGUGUGUCCAAAAUUGGAGUGACAGUCUUGUCCAGAAUCCAGGCCCAGAUGUUGAACAAGGAAAGGAAAGCUGAUCGAAUUCUUCUAAAUGCCUGUUGCCCUGGAUGGGUGAGAACCGACAUGGCAGGUCCCAAUGCCACUAAAAGUCCAGAUGAGGGAGCCGAGACUCCAGUUUAUUUAGCCCUUUUAGCCCCUGAUGCUGAUGGGCCUCAUGGGCAGUUCGUUAGUGAAAAGAAAGUGCAAAAGUGGUAAACUUGCCUUGACAAACCUUUAUUUGCAUAUGUGAGAUGCAGUCCAGAAACAAUAUCAGAUAUUACUGAUUUAUUGUGGGUAUCAAUAAUUAAGCAUCUGUAACUGUCUUUGCCAUUUCUAGUAUCUUAUUACAGUUUAUAGAAUACACAUAAGGUUUCUGCUAUUGCAAAAUAAUUGCAGUUUAGAAUAGUACAUUAAUUAAACUGUACCGUAAUUUAGUUUUUAAAAGUAUGAAAAGUGUUGAAAUAAAAAAGUGUACUUUAAUAAGCUAAAACGCAUUUAUUGAUAUUUAUAUUCUCUUUAGUGGAGUGGGAGGAAGGGAAGAGGUCUGUUCUUUUUAGUGAUUUCACGUAGUGUUCCUGGUGAGAUUAUGAUAUCUUACUAUUUGAUCUUAAAAGUAACCAUAUCAGUCUGGAAUAGAAAGUCAUUCCAUUUUAAGUGAGAUGGCAAAGAUGGAUGACUUGGCAAAACCGUUCCUGCAAACCGUUUUAUCCUCAGCCCAGAAGUCCCCAAGAGAUUGCAUAUGCUGUUUAGUUGAAUGCUUCUUCAAACUCUUCAGUAUGUAGGGCCUCAUUCUGCUCCCACUGAAGUCAGCGGAAAAAUCCCAUUGACGUCAAUGAGUAGGAUCCAGCCGGGACACACUUCUUCUGAAGCUAAAGAGUAGUUUGAUAAUUCAUAGUAAAGGCUUGGAGAUACUAGAUCUAUAGUCAGAUUCACCCUGGGAGUAAUUUUUAGGCCAUUGUAAAUUAAAUCACAUUUUGUGUUGUUCUCAUGCCCACAGUGAAUUAAUAAACUCAGAUAGUCCUAGCCUUUUGUCCACAGCUUCAGAAUAAAUGAACCCAGUUCCUAUGGU